CUAUUAAUAAAAUCUCAAGGAUUCUUUCAAAAAGUAGCAUAUGAUGAUGAUGAUCUUGAAUGGUAUGAUCUCAGAGAGUGUGAUAACUCUAUGGAAGUAGGAGAAAUAUCAGAACAAGUGACAGAUUUUCUCUCUGAAGAGGAACUUGUUCAGCAUAAAUAUCUUAUCAAAAUAGUUAGGUUAUCUCCUGCAGAAACCAUGCUUUAA